ACUUUUCCCUUUAACUUCAUUUCUUUCCAAUCCUCUCUCUCUCUAUCCCUAUCUCUAUCUCUCUCUCUCUAGGGUUUCUUGCGAUUUUCCCUUUCAUUUCUUGUGAAAAUGCGUGAGAUCCUUCACAUCCAGGGAGGCCAAUGUGGCAACCAGAUCGGUGCCAAGUUCUGGGAGGUCGUCUGUGCCGAGCACGGCAUCGACCCCAUCGGUAAGUACACCGGCGAUUCAGAUCUUCAACUUGACCGGAUUAAUGUCUACUACAAUGAGGCCAGUUGCGGCAGAUUUGUUCCUCGUGCCGUGCUUAUGGAUCUUGAGCCUGGUGUUAUGGACAGCAUCAGAUCUGGACCUUACGGUCAGGUUUUCAGGCCCGAUAACUUUGUUUUCGGUCAGUCCGGUGCCGGCAACAACUGGGCUAAGGGCCAUUACACCGAAGGUGCAGAGCUUAUCGAUUCCGUUCUUGAUGUGGUUCGGAAGGAGGCUGAGAACUGCGACUGCCUUCAAGGGUUUCAGGUGUGCCAUUCUUUGGGAGGAGGGACUGGAUCUGGAAUGGGAACUCUUCUGAUUUCCAAGAUCAGAGAGGAAUACCCGGAUAGAAUGAUGCUUACGUUCUCCGUCUUCCCAUCUCCUAAAGUUUCUGAUACUGUCGUCGAGCCUUACAACGCAACCCUCUCUGUCCAUCAACUGGUUGAGAACGCCGACGAGUGUAUGGUUCUCGAUAACGAAGCUCUCUACGAUAUUUGCUUCCGUACUCUGAAGCUCUCCACCCCGAGCU